GUUCUCUCCUCUCCUUCUUGGCCCUCGUGGAGAAAGAUUUGCAAGUCGCAACAGCGGAAAACAGCGUGUCGCAUGGGCCUGCAGUUCGUUCCGUUUCGUUCGAGUGCAGCCGGAGAAAAUUAAACGAGGUGAAAGAAAAUCCUGCCCCCACCUGUGUACUAGUCGGCUGCACGUAUUGACAGGCUAAGCAGCCCGUCCCAACGCAGUGAGCCAAUUAUCGCUACAAAAUAGUAGCGAUAGCAACCACACCGAGAAAGCAGCAGGCAGCAGGCAGCAGCAGCAGUAGCAGCAGCAAGACACAAUACACGCGCGCCUGCAGUCGUGGUGAAAAAGUUCGCGUAUAGAGUAGUAAAUGCGAAACAAUGGCUGCGGGUGAUCAGGACAACUUUCAGCAGCUCAUGAGCUCGCUCCUGUCGACGGAUAAUGAAAUUCGCUCGAAAGCUGAGGAGGUGUACAAUGCGCUGCCUCGCGAAACAAAAGUACCGCACCUGCUCGGUACGAUACAGAAUCCGACGAUGUCGGAGGAGGCUCGCAUGCUUUCGGCCGUGUUGCUGCGGCGUCUGUUUUCCGCCGAGUUCACCGAGUUCUACGAGCCACUGCUCCCCGAGGCCAAGGAGCAGCUGAAGCAACAGAUCCUGAUGACGCUGCAGCAGAACGAGGCCGGCAGUAUGCGGCGCAAGAUUUGCGAGAUGGUGGCCGAGGUCGCCCGGUGCAUGAUCGACGACGACGGUAACAACGAGUGGCCGGAGUUCCUUCAGUUCCUGUUCCAUUGCGCCAACGGUACGAACGUGCAGCUGCAGGAGGCUGCCCUGCGCAUCUUUGCCUCGGUACCGGGCAUCUUCGGUAACCAGCAGGCCCAGCAUUUGCCGCUGAUCAAACAGAUGUUGAUCAAGUACUUGGACGCGUCCAGCGAUCAGGAGGUUCGGUUUCAGGCAGUCCGUGCGUACGGAGCAUUCAUUCUGCUGCACGACAAAGAGGAGGACGUGAAGCGCCAGUUCGCCGAUUUGCUCCCGCAGGUGAUCCACAUUACGGCCGAGAGUAUCGAGCUUGGUGACCCACAGAACCUAAUGCAGCUGCUGAUCGACAUGGCGGACGGAGUGGCGAAGUUCUUCCGGCCACAGAUCGAGCCAAUAUUCGAGCUGUGCAUGAAGGUGCUAAGCACGCCGGACAUGGAGGACAACCUGCGCCACCUGGCACUGGAAAUGAUGGUGUCGCUGGCGGAGAAUGCGUCGGCGAUGGUACGCAAGCGGGCGGACAAGUACGUGACCGCGCUGGUGCCCCUCAUCCUGCAGAUGAUGACCGAUCUGGAGGACGAUGACGAGUGGUCGGUGUCGGACAAGAUUACCGAGGACGAUACGAGCGAUAACAACGUGAUCGCCGAGUCGGCCCUCGAUCGGUUGGCAUGCGGGCUCGGUGGCAAGACGGUGCUGCCGCACAUAGUCAAUAACAUUCCGAACAUGCUGCUCAGCCCGGACUGGAAGCAGCGUCAUGCCGCCCUGAUGGCCAUCUCUGCGGCUGGUGAGGGCUGCCAAAAGCAGAUGGAGGUGCUACUAGAGAGCAUCAUGCAGGGCGUACUGAAGUACCUGGUGGAUCCGCAUCCGCGCGUACGCUACGCGGCCUGUAACGCCAUCGGUCAGAUGGCGACCGACUUUGCGCCCAUCUUCGAGAAGAAGUUCCACGAGCAAGUAAUUCCGGGGCUGCUGCAGCUGCUCGACGACGUGGAGAACCCGCGCGUCCAGGCGCACGCCGGUGCCGCGCUGGUCAACUUUAGCGAGGACUGCCCGAAAAACAUUCUCACGCGCUACCUGGACGCGAUUAUGGCCAAGCUGGAGAUGAUUCUGACCACCAAGUUCAAGGAGCUGGUCGAGAAGGGCACCAAGCUGGUGCUGGAGCAGGUGGUCACGACGAUCGCGUCGGUGGCGGACACGACCGAAAAGGACUUUGUGGCGUACUACGACCGGCUGAUGCCAUCGCUCAAGUACAUCAUCCAGAACGGCAACACGGACGAGCUGAAGCUGCUGCGCGGCAAGACGAUCGAGUGCGUCAGUCUGAUCGGGCUGGCGGUCGGCGCUGAGAAGUUCAUGUCGGACGCGUCGGACGUGAUGGACAUGCUGCUCAAGACGCACACCGAGGGCGACCUGCCGGAUGACGAUCCGCAGACGUCCUACCUCAUCUCGGCCUGGGCGCGCAUCUGCAAGAUCCUCGGCAAGCAGUUCGAACAGUUCCUGCCGCUGGUCAUGGGUCCGGUGAUGCGCACGGCGUCGAUGAAACCGGAAGUUGCCCUACUCGACAACGACGAAAUGCAGGGCGUCGAGAAUGAUGCGAACUGGCAGUUCGUGAACCUCGGCGAGCAGCAAAACUUUGUGAUCCGCACUGCCGGACUGGAGGACAAAGCGUCCGCCUGCGAGAUGCUGGUGUGCUACGCACGCGAACUGAAGGACGGUUUCGCCAACUACGCCGAGGAGGUCGUCCGGCUCAUGGUGCCGAUGCUGAAGUUCUACUUCCACGACGGCGUGCGGACGGCGGCCGCCGAAUCGCUGCCGUAUCUGCUCGACUGCGCGAAGAUCAAGGGCCCGAACUACCUGGAGGGCAUGUGGCUGUACAUCUGCCCGGAGCUGCUGAAGGCGAUCGACUCCGAGCCGGAGGCGGACGUGCUGACCGAGCUGCUGCACUCGCUGGCCCGCUGCAUCGAGACGCUCGGUGCCGCCUGCCUCUCGAACGAGGCGAUGGAGGAGGUGCUCAAGAUCAUCGACAAGUUCAUGACGCAGCACUUCCAGAAGGAGGAGAAGCGGGCCCAAGCACGCAAAGAGGAGGACUACGAUGACGGCGUCGAGGAGCAGCUGGCCGAGGAGGACGAUGCCGACAUCUACCUGCUGUCCCGCAUUUCCGACAUCGUGCACGCACUGUUCGUCACAUACAAGGAAACGUUUAUCCCCUCGUUCCACCGUGUGGUGCCACACUUUGUCAAGCUGCUCGGAGCGACCAAUUCGUGGGCCGACCGUCAGUGGGGAUUAUGCAUUUUCGACGACCUUAUCGAAUUCGCCGGACCUAUGUGCGCUCAGUAUCAGAGCUUCUUCCUACAGCCCAUGCUGGAGUACAUCAAGGAUGAACAGCCGGAAGUGCGACAGGCGGCCGUAUACGGAUGUGGUGUUUUGGGACAGUUUGGAGGCGAACAGUUCUCCGUUACCUGUGCCCAGGCCAUCACGCGGUUGGUAGAAGUCAUAAUGGCACCGAACAGCCGCGAACCGGAGAACGUGAACCCGACGGAAAAUGCCAUCUCGGCCGUGACGAAGAUAUUGAAAUACAACAACAAGGCUAUCACAAAUCCGGACGAAAUCAUUGCGCUAUGGUUCACCUGGCUACCGGUUGGCGAGGAUGAGGACGAAGCGGUCUACGUGUACGGCUACCUAUGCGAUUUGAUCCAGGCGAACCAUCCCAUCAUACUCGGCGAAAACAACUCCAACCUGCCGCGCAUCGUAUCGAUCAUCGCGUCCUGCUUCUACCGGGAGGCGGUAACCGUGCCCCACCCGGAAGCGCAUCGGAUGAUCACGAUCGUGAAGCAGAUCGAAACCAACCCGGACCUGUUCCAGGCGUGCAUAAAUCAGCUGACGGCGGAGCAGAAGACGGCCCUCGAGGCGGCGUACCAGGCGGCGGCAGCCGUCACGGCAGCUACGGCAUCGGCAGCUGGUGCAGUCACGCAGUAGAGCCAAUCUCUCCUUCUAGCCCCAUCACUCCCUCCCCGGCCACCCGCCUCCUUUCCGUUAUCCCUCUUUCCUUGCCCCUGCUUGCAGAGUAUCCGUAAAUUGCAAGUAUCGUUUUCUUUUUCAUCAUCACACGGCAUUAAAGUGUGUGCACACGUGUAUCGAUAGGGAAUAAUUAUUAUAAUAGGAUGUAUCCAACCAAGGGUUAAUUGUAUUUGAACCAAGGAUGAUCGAGAGCAAGCAAAAAAAACAUCAUGUUAUGCAUGAUGCGAUAUAAAACAGAACACUAUUGAGAGACAGUGAGAGACGGAACGAGAAGACCUAAUUGGAUAUUUUUGUUUUUGUUUUGUUUCGUCCUAGGCUAGAGUAACGUUGGUCCGAAGUCCGAAAUCCCCCUGUAUUGUGAUGGGACUUUUAUUACUACUCUUCCCGUGCAGGACAGCAGGGUUCCUCCAUCCAUGUAAUCCCAGAUAAAUUUCUUAUAGUCUUCGAUGUAAAGUAGACGAUACGUUAUGCUUGUCCAAGGAAAACAAACUUAGUUCUCUUAUGUAUUCAUUUAAAUCUGAUAUUUGGCUGAGGACAAAAACAUGUCUGUGUUUAGUCCGUUUUCUCGAGGAGCUUUUGUUUAUUUGUUUAUAUACAUUUGUUUUACUUCGUUGUAAAACGCCGCCAUGUGCGUUGGUAGAACUGAACUCUCCUAUUGAUUGGACCACCAGUACCCUCUCUCUCUCUCUCCGGUGCUUGUGUAUAUUCGUUUCGGUUUCGUUGUUGAUGUUGGAAACCUUCCCGACCACCCCUCUCGAUGGUCAAAACACUUUAUGCGCGAGUAGAUAAAGCAAGGAGUUUGAUUUUAACAGGAAAAUAAAAUUGUAAAUAGGGUGAAGCAUA